UCUUGCAAAUCUUAUCAAUAUCAAAAGUUCAGAAUUAAUAAACAAACACGGUCGACAAGGAAAAAGCAAUGGCAAUAAUUUCUCUAAACAAAUAGASGUUUCUGGACUUUCUGGUGGACCGUGGCAUUUGUUUUGCCUUCUGUAUUUGUGUGUCUGUCACCUGGCUCUCUGACUGGCUGUGAAUCACAUUGAACAGGCAGCAGCUCGUUUGUCCUCGGGGAACACCACACAUGCUGGGAUAUUGGCCAUGAAAAUCCAACAUGUUGCAUAUCCCAGAUGUGAGAUCGGAGUGGUCCCAACAUCCUUUCAAACCAACUAGAUCACACUUAACACAUCGCACAUAGCAGGAAUAUCUGCUCAGAUUAUCUUUAGAGCCAUAACUGGGGAGUCCUUAAGAUUGUCAGAAGAGGAAAAUCAUAAUCAUCUUGCUGUGUGAACUGGGGUUUACCGGGGAAUUGUCACGACUGGAGCAAGAUUCGAACCCAGAAUGCAGGCAGACACUGGAAGCUCAGAAAUAAAACUAAUUUAUUAAUGAACAAAAACAAAAAGCUGACGCCAUGUCAACAAACUUACAUAAAACACAGGGAGCAGGUGAUGACCGAAAUAGUAGGUAAAACCAUGCGAAGAACUAGUGAGGAAGUGGUGACAAGACACCGGUUAAAUACAAACUGAGGAAGAGAGAAGAUGGGCAACACCUGUGAGGGAGACUGAUUACAAAUGACUGACAGGUGAGAGUGAAAAAUAUUAUAAACAUAAAGUACCACAGAAAUAAAACUGAAACACAAAAACUCUGACUGGAAUGUCUAUCUAUGAAACAGAUGAUGUAAUGAUUUAUCAUAAUGAAUCUUUACACAAAGGCCUCUGUUAUAUUAUCAGACUGCUGCUGGCUCAGACCAUCUGUAUUCAACCAAAGAGGAGAGGAAAGAGGAAAAGCCCUUAUCAUUAUUGUCAUCAUCUCCUGCUGGCCUCUGCUUCCGCUGGACAGAUGUACGCUGAGAAAGUUGUGACAGAGGGGAAGAUGGGGAGCAGAGCGAUCUCUUUGACCUGCGUGUUGACCCCAUGUCGGGUGAUUGUGGCAUGUGUAACUCUGAUGACCUUGGGAGCCGUUGGAGCUGCUGUCUGGGCCGUAGUUUCAUAUUGCACAAUGGAGGAAGACACAGGACUCUAUGAUGUUCAGGUAAAUUCCCCUGACCAACGUCUCAGAGUGUUUGACUCUGCACAGAGGAGGUGGCGUCAGGUCUGUUCCUCCCCAUCCAAUGAACUACUUGCCAGCAUCAGCUGCGAGGAAGUUGGAUUUGUCAGUCUGGUGAAUUAUUCUGUUGCAUUGGUGCCAGAGGCCAGUGGUGAUGGAGGGGAGUUCUUUUGCAUCAAACAGGACGAGCAGCUCAGCUAUGGCAAGAAAAUCAAAGACUUAUUUAUUCCCUGUGACUGUGACAGCAGGGAGGUUCUUACACUGUCAUGUCAAGACUGUGGCAGGAGAAGUUUUACAGCAGACCGUAUCGUUGGAGGUGUGGAUGCGAGGCAGGGCAGCUGGCCCUGGCAGGUCAGCUUACAGUACGAUGGUGUCCAUAAGUGUGGAGGAUCCAUCAUCUCCAAUCGAUGGAUUGUUUCUGCAGCUCACUGCUUCCCAGAGCGCUUUCGUUUUGUUAACCGCUGGCGUGUCCUGCUAGGCUCCAUCUACAAUAAACCAGUCAAUGCUAAUGUAGCAGAGGUGAAGACCAUCGUUUACCACAGCAGCUACCUGCCAUUUGUUGAUGCCAAUAUUGAUGACAACAGCAGGGACAUUGCUGUUCUGGCCCUCACACAACCUCUCACCUUCAAUGAGUACAUCCAACCUGUGUGUCUGCCAGCAUACGGUCAGAGACUGACUGAUGGACUGAUGGGAACAGUGACAGGAUGGGGAAAUGUUGGCUACUAUAGCCAUCUUGCAGAUGUUCUCCAGGAAACCAAUGUCCCCAUCAUCAGUGAUGCUGUCUGUAAUGCUCCUGAUUACUAUGACAACCAAAUCACCACCAGUAUGUUUUGUGCGGGCUAUGAGAAAGGAGGCAUCGAUGCCUGUCAGGGCGACAGUGGUGGUCCUUUUGUAGCAGCUGACUGCCUGUCUAAAAGCAGUCGUUAUCGUCUGCUGGGAGUGGUGAGCUGGGGAACUGGCUGUGCCAUGGCCAAGAAACCUGGCGUCUACACCAGAGUGUCUCGGUUUCUGCCCUGGAUCUCCACAGCCAUGAGGAACUACCACAACUCACCUGGUGUUCACAAAAUGGCCCGAAUAUGAGCUUUCUGCCCUCUCUUUUGAAUGAGAAAGUCACUGUUCAUGGAAGAUACUGAGAUCUGGUGACAAGAAGAUGAAAAACUGUAAAAUUCCUCUUUUGAUGCAGCUUCAUAUUUCUGUUUUUGUUGAAACAAUUUACUGAGGAAUUGCCUGGUUUUUGAGCCUACAUGAAUGUCACCAAACCUGCAUCAAAAACAUGAAGUUGCAAAGAUAAAAGCAAAAAGGUGGUGAACCUGAACAGCUCAUGCAAGAACCUGAAGUAAAAAGGCUGAAUGUCAGAAUGACUGGAGGGAUAAAAUAAAAACAGAUUAUUAAUAAACACAGGAUUAUUUUCCCAGAAGAACUGAGAAUGAGGAUGAGUUGAGUUAGAAAUAACCUCUGUAAUCUCUGAGCCUGAGUAGCCAUAAAAUGCGUUAGAGAUAAUGAAGCUCAGAUCAGUCUAAACGAUGUAAAUGAAGGAACAGUGAGUCUUCUUGUUUUAGGAAACUCURUAUGGGGAUUUCAUUAGUUCACAGCAGACGAAAUUUUGUCUUCAGUGCUGAUGUUCCUGCAGACGGAGCCAUGCAGAUAAAGAAAGAAAAACCCUCAGAGUUUAAAAAUUAAGUAAUAUUGAUUAAUAAAAUACUGGAAAGUUUUGAAGUUGCGACAAAGUAAACCUGUCAUUUUAUUUUACAGGAAAAGUUAUUAUAAGGGCAGGAGUUUGUCUUUUCUGUAAAAAUAAAUUUUCCUCACACCAUGUCCUGCACCAUAGAUGUAAUCAUGGUUAAAAUGUUCAAGCUCUCAUUGUUUUUUUUUUUGUGUUUUGUUUUAAAUAUUAUUUUAAAUAAUAUUUCAGAUAUGUUGUAAAUAUGCAAUAUUCAAACAUUUGCAAGUUAAAACUGUAACAGCAAUGACAGACUUUACUGGUAAUUUCUGUAUUCUGAAUACAAAUUUCUUUUGCUGCUGUGAAUGAAUGUGUGUUCAGUAUAUCUACUGAUUGUGCUCAUCCUAUGGAGUCAGAUCUAACUUCAAUGAUAUAAAACAGGAGAUUUGUUUUGAUAUGGUUUUACUGUAUAUACAAUUUAUGCUUACGUUUAGUUACAGYUGGAUGCUACUCUUUUUAUAUAAAAAA